GUAGAAAGUGCUCAAACGGUGGGCUUCUGGCUUUCCUGCGAGUGCCUGUGACACUUAUGCACCCUCCCACCGCGCUGAGACUGCAAGUGCAAGAUGGGGACCAACAAACGCCCGCGAGUGCCUACAAAGAGGCCUGGGAGCAAAUGAUGUCAACGCGCAGAUGGCGUCUACUCGGCUUCCCUCUUACCUGGGUCUAGCCUAGCGCCGACACACCUGAGAUGUCGAUUUGAGGCCUAGCACCCUUAGGGAAAGCCUGACAACCAGAGCAGGGGGUCAUCGGAUACCAAUCACCCAAUUUUCACCGACUCCUACAAAGGGGAGCAGAAACAUAUACGAGCAAAAGGUCAUCACACCACCGGACUAAGCAGGAUAACGAACACGAACAACAACAACAAUCAACAGCAGGCCAUGACAGUAUCACAGUAGGAUACCCGUAUGGGAUUGAGUAUUCAGCGGCCCGCCACGACCCUGAGGAUCGAUGAUCGAUGAUCGAUGCGAUGAGCUCGGAUGUCAUUCAACAAAGAGGAGAUGCGCCGAUGUACUCCUAUCCUUGAGGCCGGCCACAACCGAAUGGAACACAAGUCAAGGCUACUAAUCAGGCUUUAUUUUCGGAUCUGCACACAUCUUCUGGCUGCAGUGGUACGCUUGUAUCUUGGAAACAGCACUUCAACUGGAACGUUGCACAAGGACCCGUGCCUCUUUCUUGCAGCCCCUCCUACAUUAUACCCGCAGCUCGACGUUGACUCCUGGUCGCCAAAAUCACAUCCAGGGCCACUUCAACAUGUCAACCAAAAUGCCAAAAAAGCAGGGACACGGCGCGUUAUUGUUCAGAUCUGGUACAGUACGAGUGGUUCAAGGGUCCAACCUCUGCCUGCAAUCGGGGUAUCCCACAAUUCUGCUACUCACGGUGACCACGAAAGAUGGGUGAGUAAAGGAGGACCGUGACUAAUAAGCCACCAUAUGUUCUUUCCAGCACACUGCUCCAAGAUCGCAAAAUAUGUACACAGUACUCCGUAUCGUCAUCACAUUCGCAGAGUGAAGGAAAAUCAUCUCCGGAUGCACAAGACUUUUCUGAUUGUAGAAUACAGUACCUCCCUAAUCCAGUCUAUGUG